CCCGUAGCCUUCUGCACGACUUCGGGAACCUAUUUUUUUCGGGCGGCAGUCGAAACCACCCGAAAAAAAUGGUUCCUUUUUCUUCCGGUUAGCCACCGAUCUCUCUGCGAUCGCCGGAGCCGACGAUGCGACGACGCCGGACGCCGACGGCGAUGGAUGGAAGUAUCCUUGAUUCCCUUGGGCAAGAGAUCGUUGGCGUGAUGUCGCCGGUCUCCAUCUGCAUGCUCCUCGUCGUACUCCUCGUCUCUUGCCUCUCUCCGUUACCAUCUUCAAUCGAUUCCCCUUCCUCUACUCCGGUCACCGCCGCAACUCUAGUCUAUCUCGAAUCCCCCUCCGAUCCCCCAGCUAAAAAACUCGCCGGUGCCCUCCUCAACGCCGCAGUCUUCGUGGUCCUUGUCGCCGCUGUCACUUUUCUCCUUGUAAUCCUCUACUACUACAACUUUACCGGUUUCCUCAAAGCCUAUAUGCGAUUCUCCGCCUUCUUCGUGCUAGCCUCCAUGGGCGGUUCGAUCCUCUUCUCUCUAUUCCGCCGUUUCUCCCUCUCCCUCGACGCUCCGUCGGCAAUCCUUCUAUUACUCAAUUUUUCUGUCAUCGGCGUCCUCUCUAUCUUCUCACCCGCCGUCCCCAUCGUUGUGCGCCAAUCUUAUAUGGUGGCCCUCGCCAUCAUUGUCGCCGCUUGGUUCACUAAGCUCCCGGAGUGGACCACCUGGACCCUUCUCCUUGCUCUCGCCGCCUACGAUCUUGCUGCUGUGCUCUGCCCCCGCGGCCCGUUGCGCAUCCUCGUUGAUCUGGCGUCCUCUCGCGACGAGGAGCUCCCUGCCCUCGUUUACGAAGCCCGCCCGACGGCUUCCAAUCACUCGGUGUCCUCCUCCCCCUUCCCAGCCGCAUCGGUAGAGCUACAGCCCCAAUAUCCGGUUAAUUUAAAUCCCAAUGCUAACCCUAACUCAGAACCUAGCCCAAAUUCAAGUUCAAACGACAGUUCGCCAGGCCCCAACCAAGCGGAUGACUCUGUCGUGGAAAUUGAGAGUCUUGCAGAGGAGACGUUGCCCUUGGUACCUGCUGCAACAAGUAUAACUCAGCUGGGAAGCACCCAUGGUGAUCCCAUCUCUUCAGUUGAGCAAGAUGAUAUUUUUGAAACUAGCAGGGGAAUCAGGCUUGGUCUUGGGGAUUUUGUCUUCUACAGCGUGCUCGUUGGCAGGGCUGCCAUGUUUGACUUGAUGACCGUUUAUGCUUGCUACCUUGCGAUUAUAUCAGGGCUUGGAUGCACCUUGAUAUUGCUGUCGAUUUGCCGGCAUGCAUUACCGGCGCUUCCAAUUUCCAUUACUUUGGGAGUUGUCUUCUAUUUUUUGACCCGGCUGGUGAUGGAGCCUUUUGUUGUUGGGGCGUCUACGAGCUUGAUAAUGUUCUGACUAACUGAAUUACAUUAGAUGUUUUGCAAGUUGUUGACUUGUCAAGACAAGGCAUUGAAUGCUCACAGCACAAAGGAGUUGUAAAUGGUCAAGUAUCCAUAAGAGACAUAAAUUUUGUAAACUCUGAAAAUAUUUAAUUACCAUUGGGUUACAUGAUCUAAACAGCCUAGGUUAGAAAAUAUUAGAAAUGAUCUUUCUUUAUUAGAUUUAAAUGAGAAUUUGAGUUUUAACAGGACACAAUGGUGAAAAAGAAUUCAUGUAGCCGACCCCACGUAGUGGGACAAAGGCUUGAUGUUGUUGUUGUUGUUGGGUUACAUGAUCUAAAUGUUAUUUAUAUUUAUGAGUUUUAUUUUAAUGAAACUGCUCAAAAAGAUUGUCCUAAAUGAUGAAUGUCACAUUGACCCUAAACUCUAUAACAAUAAGCUUAAAACAACUAGCAUUAAAAUUGAUUACAACUCACCCAAUGAAAAUAUGAUUGACAAUUACUCCAAAUAUCUUAUGCUCCUGUGCUUAUGUGGUGUUGUCUUGCACAUAGAUUUUGUAGUUUUUUUUAGUACAUCUUCUAUUCUAUUAUGCACGCCCAAACAUCUUAAGUUCAUAAUCAGCUGAGAAAAGCAACUAACAAUUCCAUAUGUGUGUGAUAGGAAAUACUUGUGUUCGCAAGUAACCCUAAGGUGAUACUUGAGUUCGCAAGCAAUCCUAACCCAAAUCGAUAUGCAAACAGCAGUGAAAUGGCUGUUUGUAGCAGGAAAAACAGCAAAAACCUGCUGUCUACAGCAGGUAAUCAGCAUAAACCAGGGAAAAUUGUGAGAAAAAUCAAUGCAGGACUUGUAUUCCACUAGAAGAUGCAACAAAAUAGAAAA